UCACCGUGGCUACCCUCGGGAUCAGUGUGUUGGCGAGUCUUCCAUACUCCCACCCGGUUCAUUCCUCGCAACAAUAUCAUUCGCUGCCAGGCUACCAUCUUGCCCAACCCGCCGGCUCCCUCUCUCAGGCAGCUCUUCACGAGUCUCCAGCUCAUCUGGAGAGAGAGGGGGCCCAGCAAUGCCCUAGGUCGCUCCACCGAUCUAUCGAAAGAGAAUCGGAGCAUAUGUCGUCCACCUUGACUGGCCCUUCCCCAGACGAUGCACAUCCGGCCGAGGAUCACGGUACGUUUGGUAGAAAGCGGCCUCGCUCACACGAUGACUCUGCAUCUUCCGAUGGACCGGACCCUGUGCGUCACCGGCCUCUUUCCUGGCAACCAUCAGCUCCUGUGGAACCUUCUGUGAAAUCUACUCAGCUUCGUUCCAUCGGCGUUGAGUCGAUCUUAAACCCACCGUCAAAAGCAGCAGUCGUUGCAGCAGAACCCGGUCGCGAAGGAUUGGGGUCCCAGGUGCCGACUACUUCAUCGUCACCAUCCCAUGCACGACUGCCCUCCUCCCCAUCAGUCCAUCUUCCCUCUCCCUCUGUUCACCCAGCAAAACGUCUCUCUGCAUCUCCCGCUAUGAAACACCAUCAGGCUAUUGCCCCUGCUUCUCCUUCUGCGCGUUUUGUUCCAACGGGAGGCGGCUACGCCCAGAGACUGGGUGUUUCACAGUCUCCUCUGGCUCACCCAUCUCGUCUAGCCUCUUAUUCAGCAGCUCCAGGCUCUCCCCUAUCCGUUGAUCCAUUCCCUGGGCAGUCAGUAUCGACAUCCACGCAUCCUGCCCCGGCUCCAGUCUCCAUGCAUUCGACUCCAACUUUCCACAGCCGUCGGACAAGCGCCAACCCCACACCUGCUCCCAGCUCUCAGGAAACAAGCCCUACAACCCCCGUCUCUGCUUACAGUCAGCUCGGGCGGUCAUCUCCAGCAGUAUCUGCUGCGCCAAUGCAGCAAACUACACCCUCUUUCCUCAAUGCAACCGCGUACGGAUCCAGUGAGCCCGCCACUCGCUUGCCUUCAGUAAUGGCGGGACCAAGAUCUACGGGUGAAGAUGCGGCUACUGCGGGAGCCCCGCCAGAGAAUCCUCCUUAUCCUGGCAUGAUUCCUUGCAUUCUAGACCUGAAAUCAGGGUCUUCUAGUCAGGCAGAGAAACGGAAGGCGAACAGCGAUGCAUCGAGGAGGUUCCGGAAUCGGAAGAGAAACGAAAUGCAGCUGGAGCAAAAGAUUGCUGGGCAACUGGAAGAGAUCCAGAAGAAAACUGAAGAAUUGAAAAGGCGGGACGAUCAAAUCCGAUCUCUGAUGCAGGAACGAGAUUUCUAUCGCUCUGAGAGGGAUUUCUUCCGUGAACACGUCUCCCGCUUAGUGCCUACAGGUCAGCUUCCGGCCAGGCCAGCAUCCCCACUUACCCUACGACCGCCCUUCGAGUCCACCGCCUCUGAGCGCGAGGCCACAUGGCAUGCCUCCGAGGCCAGAAAAAUGGUCGAGAACACUUCUGGAAGUGGAAAGCUGGCCCCAGCGCCAUCUCACCUGAUGGCCGGUUCGUCAACCAGGCCGCCCGUGACGUGGUCGACCGCUCCGACUUCGUAUCCGGCAGCCCACGUUGAGCGAAGUAUGCUGCCCGACGAACAGCAAGCAAGAUCAUUGCCUCAGUUCCCUGGACAAUGGGCGCGAAACUCCUAAAUGAGAUGAAUAGCAAACGUGAACAUCGGGCGCCUAAUCUGGCUUUGAAAUCUCGGGUAUCAGAUUCCUCUAUGGUACUUCUAGCGGCUCGCAGGGAGGGCUACUAAUGCCAGCGGGACACGCUUUCUCGAGAUAUCGUCAUUUCUCAUUUUUCCCUUCUUG